UUUCAAUGAUAUUUGUUAAUUAGUGAAACUGCCAAAAAAAAAAGAAAAAGAAAAAAAGGGUUCUCCAUUUUAUCAGUAGACAAAGCAUUCGACUUUGCAAACAGAAGGGGCGUCAAAGAACCGUCUUCUCUGCCUCUACGGCAACCGUAUAUUACUCAUACAAAUUGCAAAGCAAAAUCAAGAAAUACCUCACGUACAAAAAUGGGUGAUUCAAAGGUCGAAACCAUCUCCAGAUUAGCUCAAUGGAGGAUCGACAACUUUAGUCCUUGUUCUUACAAAAAAUCCGACCCCUUCAAGGUCGGUCUUUGGAACUGGCACUUGUCUAUAGAGAAGAAUCGAUAUAUGUAUAUUCGAUUAUUUCCCGAGCCAUCUCGUGUGUCUAAGGAGCAGCCUCCUUAUGCUAAAUUUAUACUCAGGAUCUCUAAUGUUGGUGCUAAUCGUAGACUUUAUAUCUCCCCAGUUCAUGAUAGACCGCUGCGAACAUGCGAUGACUUUUAUUGGCCUGUUGAUUCUACAUUCCAUGGACGCUUCAUUAUUGAUGUUGAGUUCCUGGACCUGAGGAUCUGCCCCAUAAAUACCCAGGGUGGUGAAACUGUUUCAAUAUGGCCUAUGGAUGGAGCAAUCCAGUCUAUGUCAACUCAAACAACCCUACGCUGCCUUGCUCGCAUGCUUGAUGAAGGUCUUCUUGCGGAUGUUACUAUCAAGACUGCUGAAGGUACUCUAAGAGCACACAAAGCAGUUCUAUCUGCAAGUUCUCCUGUUUUCGAGAGUAUGUUCCAUCACAACCUUAAGGAAAAGGAGUCAUCCACAAUCCAUAUAGAUGACAUGUCACUGGAGUCUUGCACGGCCCUUCUCAAUUACUUGUAUGGAACAAUAAACCAAGAGAACUUUUGGAAGCAUCGACUGCCAUUACUGGGAGCGGCAAAUAAAUACGACAUUGUCGAUCUCAAAGAUGCUUGUGAGGAAAGCCUUUUGGAAGACAUCAACUCUCAGAAUGUCCUUGAGAGGCUACAGGAGGCUUGGCUUUACCAAUUGACCAAGCUGAAAAAGGGGUGCAUGACAUACUUGUUUGAUUUCGGAAAGAUAUACGAUGUUAGAGAUGAAAUCAAUAACUUUUUCAGGCAGGCAGACCGAGAACUGAUGCUGGAUAUGUUUCAGGAAGUGCUGACAGUUUGGAAACCGGUAUGACUUCUUUCCAGGCUUUUUAUUUUACCUUUUGGUUGCUGGUACAUGGGAGUCCACAUAUAGGCCUGCUUGCUAAGGUCUUUUCAUGCCAGGAAUCAAGUUAACGGGUGCAUGUAACCUUCGUAUAGUAACUGAUAUAAAAACUUCAUUGUAUUUAAGGAAUGUAAGCUUGGGUUGUUGAGUGUCCAUCUCUAUGAAACAUUGCUGUGCAGUUUGAGAAUGCAUGUUUGCUUCAUAUUUUAA